ACGGCGUCGCAGUCGACGUCGGACGCACUGGAGUCGCUGUCGGAGGGCCCAUCGGCGCUUGUGUGGACGCUGACGUUUGUGGCGUCGAUCUCGGGGUUUCUUUUCGGGUACGACACGGGCUACAUCUCGUCGGUGCUUGUGUCAAUCGGGACGGACCUUGGCGGGGUGGCGCUGACGAUCAAGCAGCGGGAGUACGUGUCGUCGGCGACGUCGCUGGGGGCGCUUGUGGCGUCGCUGUUUGCCGGCGUGCUGGCAGACGUGAUUGGGCGCAAGUACGCGGUGAUGUUCUGCGACACGCUGUUUAUUGCCGGGGCGGCGCUGCAGUACACGACGACGUCGUUUGGCGGAAUGGUUGCGGGCAGACUUGUCAUGGGGCUCGGCGUGGGCGUCGGCUCGCUCUGCGCCCCGCUGUACAUCUCGGAGUUGUCGCCAAGCAAGUUCCGGGGCCGGCUGGUCACGGUGAACUGUCUGGCGAUCACGGGCGGACAGCUUGCUGCGUAUGCAGUGGGUGCGGUUGCCACCGGCGGCAGCGGCGGCGCCGGCGCCGGCUACGGGUGGCGGACCAUUGUGCUGUUGUCGCUGGCGCCAUGUCUCGUACAGUUCUUCUCGAUCCUCUUCCUCCCGGACACGCCGCGCUACCUGAUCAUGAAGGACCGCUACGAUGACGCGGUCACCGUGCUGAAGCGCAUCCAUCCGCUUGCGUCGGACGCGCUGAUCCACAUGAACGUCGACGAGCUGCAGCAGCUAAACAUGCUAUGGAGCAAGGACGACAACGUGUGGUGCCGCUUGUCGCACUCGUGGAGAGACCUCUUCCUGGUGCCCUCGAACAAAAGAUCGCUCGUCAUUGCGUGUGGCCUCCAGGCGAUCCAGCAGUUUGUCGGCUUCAACGCCUUGAUGUACUUCUCCUCAUCCAUCUUCGAGAUGGUCGGCUUCAAGAACUCCACCCUAGUCAGCUGCUUCAUCGCCGGCACGAACUUCGCCACCACAGUCGUUGCCCUGGUCAUCAUCGACAGGGUCGGCCGCCGCAGGAUCCUCCUCUACUCGAUCCCGCUGCUACUUCUUGCCCAGGUCUCGUGCGCAUUGGCUUUCGCCAACAUCGACGUUGACGUCCAGACGCAUCUCCAGCCAUCGCCAAACCCCUGGCGCUACCUCCUCUUGAUCUCGUUGAUUCUCUUUGUCUGCUUUUACUCGAUUGGGUUGGGAAACGUCCCCUGGCAGCAGAGUGAGCUUUUUCCACAGAAAGUGCGUGGCCUCGGGUCGUCACUGUCGACAGCCACAAAUUGGUUUGGGUCCAUGCUCCUCUCAUUCUGCUUCCUCUCGCUAAUGGACACCAUCAGCCCCUCGCUCACCUUUCUGCUGUUUUCCUUCAACACCCUCCUCGCCUUCAUCUUUGUCUAUCGCCUAUACCCGGAAUUGAGCGGCCUGCAGUUGGAAGACAUCCAGGCGCUACUCAGCGAUGGCUACAACGUGGCCAAGAGCAUGCAGCUG